AUGGCUAACUCAGAUCAAGAAAUAAUCGAUGAUACAACCGAUGGGCCAUCUAAAAUACCUACUCCAAAGGCCCCUUCUCCAAAAUCGACAGUCUCUAAGCAGGCUUCACCAGUGGCAUUCAACCCUAUUGCUAAUGCAAUUGAAUCACAUAUACUAACAUCUCAAACGAGUUUACAAUCUAAGAAAACAGUAGAUACAUCAAAGAAAACAACAGAUACAUCAAAGAAAAUGCCCAAUAUUGCACAAGAAUUAGCAAUGAAUAGGAAUAAUUCAAGAACUUUAUCGCCUGGAGCACUAACGUUUUCACCUUCCCCAGUAACAAAACCUUUGUUGGAAACAGUAGGAAACAACUCAACGACUAAAAAUGGCGAUAACCAAACAAAGGUAAAACAAAAAUCAAAACCACGAAGUAAACCAAAACCAAAACCAAAGCAGGAUACGACAAAAAAGGCUUCCUUAACCUCUACAACUGGAGCAGAGGUAAAAGAUCCAUCUUCUCAGAUUAAACAAGUAAAAAUAUCUUCUCUUUUAUCAUCAGAUGAGUUAAAAAUUGAGAGCCCUAAGUUGAGUCCAAAGGAUGUAUCCUCAGUUUCAUCAAAGACGAGUAUUUCAAAAUUAUUAUCGAAUCCAGGAGACCUAACGGUCACAAAGUCUACUACACAAAAUACUGUUCAAACUAACAUAUCAAAACCACCAAAGAAGACGACUACAUCUCCAGCUGCAAAAAAAUCGCCUACGGUAGUAACGAGCGGAUCUGAGCAGUCAACAGCUACUUCUAAAAAGAAGACUGUGACCGUAAAUAAACCUGCUUUGAAGAGAACUAAGAGUAACUCUGCCACGUCAGGAUCUAAUCAAGCAUCAAGCACAAGCGCCAAGAAGAGUUUGACUCCAAGUGCUAGCAAAGCUUCUAAAUCGAAAUCUGCAACUUCUUUGGACUCGAUAAAGAAGAAGAGCACUGUUAAGAAGGCUACGGAUAAUGAUAAGAAAAAAUCGGCAAUCAGUCCUGCCACUACAUCAGUUACAACAGCAACACCUGCUCUUCCAGAGCAAUCAAAAUUGGCCGCACCUCCUACUAUUGCGAAUCCAAGUAUUCUUUCUACAAUACCAUCCAAACCUAAGCCAAAUAAUGAAAAAAAUUCGGCAAUAUCCAUUGUUAAUAUUCCACUUUAUUCUUCAUCAUCGAACGAGUAUCUUGAUGAGAACGGAACUGUCACAUUUAAUUUAUUUAAAAUAUUAAAGGAAAAUGAACCAAAGCUUGAUCCCAAAAGUGAGAUGGAAUUAAAACGUAAAAGAUUAUUUGAUGAAGAAGCAGAGGCAAAGGAAGGAACCACAGAUAUAGAUGACGAUGAAGAUAUGGAGAAUAACGAAGAUAUCGGUUUGACAGAAGAACAGCCUAAGAAAAAAGCGCAUCCUAUGAAGGGUAAAAACCUUAUUGGUAAAUAUGAUUUUGAAGAUCCAUUCAUUGACGAUUCUGAAAUGUUAUGGGAAGAACAACGUGCUUCGACAAAGGAUGGGUUCUUUGUAUUUUUUGGACCAUUGAUAGCAAAAGGACAAUCAGCCAGCUUUGAAAGAGCAGAUGGUACAAUGAAGAGAGGUGGUAUAAAAAAAUAA